UUUUCAGCUCGAGAGUUUAUUGAUGUCACUGGCACAUAUUAGUAUUUGUUUCACCAGUGGGUACUUGCUAGUAGUAAGCUUCAAUGCUAACAUUAAACGUUGAGGCCAGUAGCAGUUCACCGAGGUAAUCUGUAGCUUCCAGCCUUAAACGGCAGUCACAAGGGUAAAUUCAAUAACUUGAAGUGUUCUGCCACAUAUGUACCUAGAGUACCUUGUAGGUUCCUAUCCUCAACAUGCACCUUGAAUAUGGUCGCGGGAAUACAAAUAUCCCAGCUUGUAUGUACAGCCAGAGAGAUCUUAACCCUUCCACGAUAUGCUACGUCUAUCCCCUACCAAGCUCUCCUUGACCAUGACAGAGGUCAAGGAGUUGGAACGACAUCUUCGUUUCAAAAAAUAUCUUGCUAAAGAGGACGUCUUUGGCCAAUUACCCAUUCAUACCGUAAAAAGGGUUACCACUGAAGAAAGGGGUCGAGAAUCGGGAGAUAUCUAUACGAACCAAUCAACACCAGAGCCUCUCUUCAGGAGUCACUCAAUUGGUACUGGUGCAGAAAGCCCGAGCCUUCUGGCAGGUUCGCCCCGACAGCUACCCAAAGCUGGAGACCAUUCCGGAGAGGGCACUUCUCAGGGUUUGUCCAACUCCUCACAAAACGGAACCUCAACUUCGUCGAGCAGGCCGCGUCCUACGGGUUGGGGCAACUUACCAAUGCCGCUCCCUCCACCUUUCUCUCAAGAGAAAAGGUCGGUCUCUAAUGCGCAGUCUCUACCUGUGUCUCGGCAAACCACACAAACACAGUCUCGACCAAGCGAUGCUAGUCAUGAGUCACCUGCCACCCCUCCUAGACGAUCGUCUCUCAGGGAAGCACAGACUGAUAUCCGCCCGGGUUCGCUGUCCCGGAGAGGAAGAAGGCGGCUCGUCAGUUCGGCAGUGAGAUUCGUGGAUUCCAUAGUCCGCUCCUCAAGCCGCGGCUCUCCCUCUCCAUCACCAACGUCAUCACAACCACCCAUUUCUCGUUCCCACCCUGGUUCACCAGCACGUGAGCAGGAUUCAGAGCCGACAAGCGGAUUUAGAAUUUACAACGAUUCUCUUCCGGCGUCAUCACAACCGCAGACACCACUCAGUCUCCCAGAAGCACGCCACCAGAGUCGCCUUCACGGAUCAUAUACUGCCCCUCUUCCGCGUCUACCUUCUCAUUCUGCGUGCCAGCCUAGCACCAGUAAGGACAUUACGCGCAACUCUCCAGGGCUCCAAACACCAGGGUUUCGAGGCCUAUACGAUGGCCGAGAGAAUUCCGAGGACUCAACUCUCUUUUACGAAGCAUCAAGAUUCCGGGAAGAAAGCUCUCUUGAAGCCCUAGAUGCUGAACAAGGUUGAUGAUGAGGUAUUGCGAAUCGUAUUCUAGAUGCCUAGCUGUCCUCGAGCUUUCUCCCCACACCGACAAAGAUCGUAAUACACUAAUGUGUUGGUAGGAUACCACAGGCAGAGACAUCAUCGUGUCUAAGCAUUCCAUUAAAAUCACUUGGCCAUCCCACAGGAGACGGCGCACACGCAGCUCUAGCCAGGAUUGUCUGUACAUAUCGCACAACAGCCAGGAUUUAUCGAAUUAUCACGG